GUUGUUUUGAAUCCAUGAACAUUAUUCAAGUCCCUGAAGACGCUUCUGAAAAACCAGAUUGAUAGAAGACAAAGUGACCACUCUUAAAGAAAAUAUACCUUUUUGAAUUGGCAUAUGCUUCGUGAUAUUGGGCAGAUGCUGCAUCGAAACCAUAGCGUGUGUUCUAUGGAGCAUAAAAAUCAACGCUUGGACAAGCUCAUCUUCUCUGCUAUAAUUGUUGCAUAUUUGCAGCCAUAUAAUUGAACACACUUUCAAGAGGAUACUUAUCAUUGCAGGCUAUAUUGGAUAUGUGUGGUCCUUGUUUCGGGAUGGAGCAUGAUAACAAUAUUCAUUCUUCUGAAGAAUAGAUAUGAAACGGAUUCCACGAGUAUUGGAGUGUCAACUGCUUAUAUUCGUUGGACAAACACUUUUCCAUCGAUUGGAAUAUGUCUUUCAAAAAGUCGGAUAAUUAAUGACUUUACAGCCGCUGUUAAGAAACGAUUUCCUGGAGAAAAACCGGCUUACACAUAUGUAAGAACUCUAUACGAUUACCUCUUUAUAAACCCAAACAACUUAUACAUAAAACCGGAUUAUUGCAAGGGAUUAAAUUCCACAUGUGGAGUUGAUAUUUUAGACAUGAGAAGAGAGUUAUUUCCGAUGACGUGUAAGGACCUUUUUGACGAAAUUUAUUUUGCUGAAAAAUUGAUGCCGGACUGCGAACUAAUAUUCAAGUUUCACGAACUUGAAAUGGGUUAUUGCUUUCUUGCCAAUAAUUUAAUGGACUAUGAAAGUAUCGAAAAAAUGCCUUUGUUAUAUUCUUCAUUGGACGAAUACCGGAAUCUCCGAUUGGUUUUGAAAAGUGGCCUUGUUUAUCGCUAUGAUUUAUACGUUAACAGCCCCGAAGAUCUACCCUAUUUUAAUGCUGUAACCUAUGCGAUUACCGACGAUCCCAUGAUACAUAGUUUUAAUGUCGAGGAGAUUCAUAAUGACGAAAAUGUAAUUUAUGAACCAGUUUCCCAACGCCUGUGUAAAUUUCCAACUGAAAGUUCUAUCAAGGGACUUCCUUAUAGUUUUUCAAUUUGUAUGUCUAUUAUCCGAAGUGAAAUUGAGAUGAAAAUCUGUAACUGCACUUUAUUCAGUCAUAAAGACUCAAGUUCGAAAAACUAUUGUGGAGUCAAGGAAAUAUCCUGUUUAGAAUCAGGCAAACUGGCCGAAAAAGUCAAGGACUAUGUUGGAUCUAAUAUGGCUUGUUUACCAUCCUGCGUGGAACAACAAAUUAGCGCUGUCGGGUCCAGAGAGAAAAGGUAUGGGUCCGAAUCGGACAAAACUGAGGGACAUGUGGUCGAAAUCGAAAUAGCAUCGCCACCGACCGCCAGAUACUACAGAACUGUUACCCAGACCAAACUAGAUUUAAUAGUUGGCAUUGGAAGUGUAAUAGGACUCUUUUUUGGCGCAUCUUUACUCAACCUUUUGGAAAUUAUGUCAUAUUUUUUUAAAAAAUGUAAAACUAUUGCUUUUAGGUUAGGAUGUUUAAUGUUAUUCACUUUUUCAACUCUGCAGCGGCUGCUACAUGUUAUUUUAAUCCCACAAAUGAAAUAA